AUGGAAACCAAAGGUGCUCUUGAUUUACAAUCACUCGACCAAAUAGAUCAAUAUGAUCUUGAAAAAGUUUAUAAGGAAGAUAAUUUAAUUGAUAUAAAAAGUUUUAUCAACGUCGAAAAAAAGUUUAUCAGCAAAAACAUUAAUGGUGAAAUAAAUGAUAAAGCUCCUGAGCUUAUUGGAGAAAUAAUAAAAAAUAAUUAUUGUUUUGAUCAACAUAUUUCGGAUGAUGAUGAUGAUAAUAAUAAUAAUAAUAAUAAUAAUAAUAAUAAUAAUAAUAAUAAUAACAACAAAAUAAUAAUAAUAAUAAAAGAUAAAGUUUAUCAAUUCAACGAAAAAGAACAUGGAACGAGGAUGACAGAAAAUUUAAUAAAAAAUCAUUGUAAAAAAGAAGGUUUAUAUGUUACGCCUCAUCUCAAUGACGUCCUCUAUCUCCAUUAUAAAGGAUUUUCAUACAUUGAAAAUCUUAGCAAAUACACGGGUCUAAAGUGCCUGUGGCUCGAGAAUAAUGGAAUACGGGAAAUCGCUAAUCUCAGUAAUCAAACUAAACUAAAAUCUCUCUAUUUACAUCAUAAUUUAAUCAGUAAAAUUGAAAAUCUUGAACAUCUUACGGAGCUUGAUACGCUAAAUUUAGCUCACAAUACUAUUAAAAAAAUUGAAAAUUUAGAUUGUCUAAAAGUUCUCAAUACCUUAAACUUAUCCUACAAUUAUCUCAAGAGCUUUAAAGAUAUUGACCACCUGAAAUAUAUUAAUUCACUGUCAGUUGUUGACGUAUCGCAUAAUCAAAUCGAGUCACCAGAAGUUAUUGAGAUUUUUGGCACUAUGAAAUCUUUACGAGUACUGACAUUAAUGGGAAAUCCGGUUGUAAGAACCAUUAAGCCCUACCGUAAACUAAUCAUUUUAAAAUGUAAAAAUCUUUGUUAUCUUGACGACCGUCCAGUAUUUCCCAUCGACAGAGCCUGUGCACUAGCCUGGGAACGCGGGGGUGCUGAACAAGAAAAUCAGGAACGUCAACGGUUGACUAAAGAGGAGCACAAAAAAUUAACAAAUAGUAUCUGUGCUUUAAUUAAUAUUAAAAGUAUUGAAGAAAAAAAAGAAAAAAAUUUUGUUCAGUUAAACAAUUAA